AAUUGGUGGAGACAGUGGGUGUAGUGGUGAGAUCUCUGUGGCCUGACCUGCCAGGAUCCAAUGGCCUGUGACGCUGUUGGGAUGUUUCACAGGUUAUCUCAAGGCGCUGCUUCUACAGCUUCCUUAAAACAAGGGGAAACAGACCAAAAGGCAGGUGAGCUGGCAGCUCACCUGAGGUGGAUUAGGGUGUGGGCCCAGGAUUCUGUUUAUAGUUUCCUGCGUGACCAAGUUCCCUGGCGGGUUGGCAGGUUGGUGUUUCAUCUCCAGAAGGGUCAGGAGAGGAACGGAGCCCCUUCUUCACUCCUGCCUCCUCCCUCACCUGUGUUUGUCUUGCUGCUUAGCUGCUCCUUCGGAUCUGAUAAACUGAACUUGGACUGUGUUAAAGUCAGUCUGGGCUUCUGCCCGCCACAGCCCUACCGGGAACCAGAGCCGUCAGUGGCUGAACCCCCAUCUUGCCCCCUGGUUUUGGACAUGAGCCUUCGGGACUCCAGCUAUAGUGUGGCCCCUGGACCCUGCGUGGUAGCCCAGCUGCCCUCCGAAGACAUGAGUCGUUUGGCAGACCCCCAGAGCAGAGACCACGGCUUCCUGCGCACCAAGAUGAAGGUGACCCUCGGGGACAGUCCCAGUGGAGACCUCUUCACUUGCCAUAUCUGCCAGAAGGCCUUCACCUACCAGCGCAUGCUGAACCGCCACAUGAAGUGUCACAACGACGUCAAGAGGCACCUCUGCACCUACUGUGGGAAGGGCUUCAAUGACACAUUUGACCUGAAGAGACAUGUCCGCACCCACACUGGCGUGCGGCCCUACAAAUGCAGCCUGUGUGACAAGGCCUUCACACAGCGCUGCUCUCUGGAGUCUCAUCUCAAGAAGAUCCACGGCGUGCAGCAGAAGUACGCGUACAAGGAGCGGCGGGCCAAGCUGUACGUGUGUGAGGAGUGUGGCUGCACGUCUGAGAGCCAGGAGGGCCAUGUCCUGCACCUGAAGGAACACCACCCCGACAGCCCGCUGCUGCGCAAGACCUCCAAGAAGGUGGCUGUGGCCCUGCAGAAUACUGUCACCUCCCUGCUACAGAGCAACCACCACCUCUGAGUGGCACCGCCCGGCCUGGGUCGCCUGCCCACUGCCCGGCCAGUCCACCCUCCCGCUGCCUCUCGCAGGCCACGGGGACCAGGCCUGGAGGCCCCCACCCACUCCCCCCGCCCCGGGCACAUGUGCCGGCUGCACUGAGGCCCUGCACUGAGCUCUGCUCACGUUUGCGUUUUUUUGUCUGAUGGGCAGAGGCCGCUCCGAGCCCCGGGCCGACAUGGGUGAGGCCCACCUUUAGAGAGAGGACUUCCUUCCCAGAGGAGGGACCUGAGGAUGCUCGGCGGCCUUCCUCCUCUGGAGCACAGGGGCGGGGACCGCCGGUCCACCGUGGACAGCAGAGGAAAGAGCAUGGGCAGAGAGCAGCCGGGCAAACCCAAGGUGCUGCUGGGGGAGCUGGUGCCCACCUGCCCCGCAGUGCAUCCAGCGCUCAGGGCCGUGGGGGGCUCGGCCCUUCCCACAGGGAGAUGCAUACACGUGCUCAGCCGUGGACCCGUGUGCUCACACAGGAGGCCUUUCCACACAUCACCUCAUUUUUAGGAAAUCGACGACAAGGUGCCAAGGAAGUUUUAUUUCCUUUUUUUAAAGAUGACACAUGUACAGAUAUAUUAAUAUAUAUAUAAAAUAGCCGAUGGCGGCUAUUUUUAAGAGAGGAUGGAGCUGGCUUUGUUCCCUCUCUAUGCAGUUCUAUUUAUCCUGGACAUUUCAUACCUCCUCUGUGCCUUGGCUCUGGGGGUGCUGCCCUCAGCCACCCCCACCCCUUGCACCUAACACCUUCCUCCAGCCCUGCCUGGGGGCUGCCGGUCUGCUGGGGUAGCUUGGGCUGCACUGGCUCCUCCCCUCCCCCCACCCCCGGGGACUCUGCCUCCCUCCCAAAUCCUUUCAGGGCAUGCCUGGGGGUUACUGAGAGCCUGCUUGCCUCCCAAUAACAGACCUUUUGUGGAACAACUCACCAGUGUGGAGACCAAGAGUUUGUCCAGCUGCGGCUGUAGGAGAAAGGCCGGUGGGGUGAUGAGUCUUUGGUGCACCCAGAGUCCACCGUCGAGACUGAGAAGAGAAUGGGACCAGACUGCAAGCCCUGCCCUUUCUCUGGUUGAGUGCAAAACCCUAGGGCAGCAGCAAAAAAUUGGGACAGAAUAAUAACCAGACCCAUCAGAGGCCUCUCAGGAGGGCAGUAUUGGAGGGCUAGCAAGUUCUAUUUGUAGCCUAUUUUCUGACUCUUUCACACGACUAGGCUGGGUUGUGAGCAUGUAAGGAGCGAGCCAUCCCGGGGCUGGUUGGCUCCAUCGGAGGAAAUCGGCCACCAGGCUCCAUUGGUGUGGCUGUGUUUCCUGCUAAAAACAGGAAAAAGGGUGUGGGUCAAAAGGGAGAGAGGGGCAGGGUUGGAGCCAGCCUGCCAAAGAAUGAGAAGGCAAACUCGAAAGAGGUCCAAAGAAUGCAGUGGGCUGGGUGGCGCAGCGAAGCCGAGCCCCUGAGCAGAACCAGCCCCAGACCGCGGGGAAGGCGCUUUCUUGGGCCACCUUCUGACUGUGUAUAGAUUGUUCUGGAAGACUCCUGUUUUAUUUUACUUUAGAGUGUCUGGGAGCUGCUGUAUUCUGGAAGUUAUAUAGUAUAAACCUUAUCUGGAAGCUCUGUUUCGUUUACAUUUCUGUAUCCCUGUGUUAUUGCAAUUGGAGGGAGUCCUAAUGCUCUGUGUUGCCUGUUUUAUUUUAUAACUUUCCCCCCAACUAUUAAAAUCAAAGAAUUGUCGUUU